AGUCAAUCUGCUGCAGCUCGAUCGACAGCUCGUCUCAAAGAAGAGAAGGAAGUGAUUAAGAUCGAUGUCACACCCGUCGAUGGAGCUUCCUUUGAGGACGUAGGGAAAAUGUUCAUGAAUGGACGCGUCACUUGAAUCGCAAUGCAACACUCGCGCACCAACAGCUUACUGUCGAAGUCGAUUCUGAAUGCAUAUGCCCAUUGAGCCGGAUAUCAAAUUUACAAUCCAGCCAACCUCCUCAACGCUACGUUCGGCACAACACGACCGCCCAUCUGCAAAUCUCCCCCUUCCAACGGUUUCCCUUUACUCAAAGCCAAUUCCGUAAAUAUCCUCCCCAUAGGUGCCGUUGGCGUCAUCAUUCCUUUAUGCGCAAAAUUCAGAGGCGCCAUCAACGCCUUCUUCCAUAUAGGCUGACUGGGUAUGAAAGCAUGAAUCUCGGGAUGCUGCCGCCAAUCCACUCCUCCCGGUCGUACAUUAUACACAUUGAACAAGCCACCCUUGGUUUCCCCAAAAUCAUAGAGAGCUUGCUCCGUCUGCCCCUUGACUCGACCAAAGAUAGGCGUCAUGAACCCGGGGGUUUGCGUUGCGCCUUCGCCGGAUACGUAGACGAAGGCGAAUGGUUCUUCGGGGUGGAGGGAUGCGAAGGCGUUUGCAGCUGCGAGGGUGUAAUCUUGCGUGAUUUCAACAUAUUUCCUAUAAUUCCAUCAAAAAGAUAUCAGUUCCCUUUCGCGAUUUUGUAA